AUGCUUCUGUGGCUGCUGCUGCUGAUCUUGACUCCUGGAAGAGAACAAUCACGGGUAGCUCCAAAAGCAGAACUUCUCCUCGAACCUCCAUGGUCCACAACCUUCAAAGGAGAAAAAGUGACUCUCAUAUGCAGGGAAUCCCAUUCCCUAGCCCCGGGAAAUACAUUGUGGUAUCAUGGUAAGAAAUCGUGGAGAGUAGGACAUAACAAGAUCCAAAUUACAGAGUCUGGAAAUUACAAAUGCAAGACCGGAGGAUCCUCCCUCAGUGACGCUGUGCAUGUGGAAUUUUCAUCUGACUGGCUGAUCCUGCAGGCUUCACAUCCGGUCUUUGAAGGAGAUAAUGUCACUCUGAGAUGUCAGGGGAAAGAUGACAUAUAUGCCAAAAACAAGGUUUACUACAAGGAUGGAAAACGGCUUCCUAAUAGUUAUAAUUCAGACUCCAUCAAACUGAAUUCGGUCUCCAGGGACAAUAGCAAAUAUCAUUGUACUGCUGAGAUGACGAUAUUCCUAAUAAAAUAUGAAGAAACUUCAAACUACCUAAAUAUCCAAGUUCAAGAACUGUUUCCACAUCCUGUGCUGAGAGCCAGCUCUUCCACACCCAUAGAAGGGAGUGCCAUGACCCUGACCUGUGAGACCCAGCUCUCUCCGCAGAAGCCAAAUGUUCAGCUCCAGUUCUCCUUCUUCAGAGACAGCCAGACCCUCGGAUCAGGCUGGAGCAGGUCCCCCAAGCUCCAGAUCCCUGCCAUGUGGACAGGAGACUCAGGAUCUUACUGGUGUGAGGCAGAGACAGUGACUCACAGCGUCAAAAAAAGGAGCCUGAGAUCUCAGAUACAUGUACAGAGAGUCCCUGUGUCUAAUGUGAAUCUAGAGAUCCAGCCCGCCGGAGGGCAGCUGAUUGAAGGAGAAAAUAUGGUCCUUAUUUGCUCAGUAGCCCAAGGUUCAGGGAAUGUCACAUUCUCCUGGCACAGAGAAGGAACAGUAAGAAGCCUGGGUAGAAAGACCCAGCGUUCCCUGUUGGCAGAGCUGCAGGUCCCCACUGUGAAGGAGAGAGAUGCAGGGAGAUACUACUGUGCAGCUGACAAUUUUCACGGCCCCAUCCUCAGCACAUGGAUUCGAGUCACCGUGAGGAUUCCAGUGUCUCGCCCUGUCCUCACCCUCAGGACUCCCAGGCCGCAGGCCGUGGUGGGGGACCUGCUGACGCUUCACUGUGAGGCCCAGAGAGGCUCUCCCCCGAUCCUGUACCAAUUUUAUCACAAGGAUGUCACCCUGGGGAACAGCUCAGCCCCCUCUGGAGGAGGAGCCUUCUUCAACCUCUCUCUUACAGCAGAACAUUCUGGAAACUACUUCUGUGAUGCUGAUAAUGGCCUGGGGGCCCAGCACAGUCACAGAGUGAGUCUCAGCGUCACAGUUCCAGCGUCUCGCCCUGUCCUCAUUCUCAGGGCUCCUGGGGCGCAGGCUGCAGUGGAGGACCUGCUGGAGCUUCACUGUGAGGCCCUGGCAGGCUCCUCCCCAAUCUUGUACUGGUUUCAUCACGAGAUUGUCACCCUGGGAAGCAGCUUUGCCCCCUCUGUAGGAGAUGCCUCCUCCAACCUCUCUUUGACUACAGAACACUCUGGAAACUACUCUUAUGAGGUUUUGGGGGCCCAGCGCGGUGAGGCAGUGACACUCAAUGUUACCUGGGCCAGAGGAACCUCUGGGAACAGAGCAGGCCUUACCGCGGCGGCAGUCACGCUACCACUCAGCAUCCUGGGCAUUGCUGCCGCUGCUGCUCUGCUGCAUCGUGCCAGGACCCGAAGGAAAGCAGGAGGACUUUCUGCCCCUGGAACACCUAGUUACAGUUCUAGCACGUGUCAGGAGCCUGCCUUGUCCAAGUCUUCCAGGAUAGACCCUCAAGAGCCCACUUACUCUGAACCACUAGCUCUAAUGGAGCUGGAGCCAAUGUACAGCAAUGUAAAUCCUGGAGAUAGCAACCAGGUUUAUUCCCAGAUCUGGAGCAUCCAGCAUACAAAAGAAAAUUCAGCUAAUUGUCCACGGAUGCAUCAGAAGGAUGAGGAACUCACAGUCUUGUAUUCAGAGUUGAAGAAGAUACACCUAGAUGACUCUGCCAGGCAGGCUAGCAACAGAGGCAGGGUGCCCGAAGAUGAUGAAGAAAACUAUGAGAAUGUACCAUGUGUAUCACUGGCAUCAGACCACUAGCCCCUUACCCAGAGUGGCCCACAGGAAACAGUCAGCACCAGUUUUUUCUAUUCUCUCCAACCACACAUCAUCCCUCUGUCCAGACUCUGCCUCCUAUGAGGCUGGGCUGCAGGGGAUGUGAGGUUGUGCAAAAGGUCUGCAAAUCUCCCUUGUGCCCGAGUCUGUGUGUUCCUUGGGAAAAGAGUGGGCAGCCUCUGAGCAAGCACUAUGUUAUUUUCACAGCGGAGACACAUGGCAAGGCAGAAGGGCCCUCAGCUCCUAGGGCUGUAGAAUUAGAGGAGAGAGAAAUGUUCUAGCCAGGGCUACGAGGGCACAAUCAUGACCAUUUGAUUCAAGGGUAAUUGUAAGCUGUUAAUGUGCUAUCUUUGUAUAAACAACUUGCUCCAAAUAUUUUCUUUCCUUUUUUGUGUGGCUAGAAGUGGCAUUGCUGAUGUUUUGGUGCACAUGCUGUAUCCUUGCCACCAUAUUGGGAAUAACCAAAACAAGUUAUAGAACAAGAUUUUAAGGUGAUUCUAUCUGAAGUGCAUUUUUGUGCUUACAGAGUGACAUUCCCAGCCAAAUUACCUUAAGAUAUGAUGAAAAAUAACCCCAGCACUUUAUUAAAGGCUCUGCUAGUUUCAGAUGUGACCUGCAUCCCCACUGCAAAGACCUUAUAUAUAAAUAAUCACAUUAAUUGUGAUUUCUGCUUUGUGACAUAGUCUCAUCAUUUCCCGUAUGUGAUCUAUUUCUAGUCAGUUUUUAUUCUUACAAGCACCCAUUAACCCCGAGAUAAUAACCUACUCUAUCUAUGUGGCUUCUCCCAUUCUUUUCCUCCGUCUCACUCCAUCUGACAAGAAGCCAUUCUAAAUCUUAUGUUUAUUAUUCUGCUGCUCUCCUCUUUCUAUCGUAGUAAUGUAUCUAUGUGUUCCUUAAAUAUAUUUCUGUAUUAGUUUUAACUAUAAGUUAAAGACCAUAUUGUUGUAGGUAAUUUUUUUAGUAUUUUUCUCUUCAUGUUAUAUUUCUAAGAUUUAUCCAUAUUGUUUCAUGUUGCUAUAGUUCAUUUGUUUUUAUUGCUAUUUAGUAUUUACUUGUGUAAAAUAUCUGGCUUAAUGUUUUCCUAGUUAUCACUAUUAAAAACUCUUUCCACGGUGCUUUGAAUUUUUGACAAAAUGAAUAUGACAAAAAUGAAAAUUUACCAACAAUUUUUAGUGACUUCACCUCCAUUCUGAAAUCCUGAUGUUUCCAAAUAUCUCUGACCAUCUCACAUUCUAGGACAACUGAGAUUACAUUAACAUUAAUCUCUGAAUUUUGCCAAUUCUAGGCCUUCACUUGGUUCGUGUAGGAACACCAAGUCUCUUGAAAAGCAUCACAUCUUCCUCUAACCAAUAUUUCCUGAAGUCCCUAGAGAACGUCUUACAUGCAUUCAAACAAACAUCAUUUCUGGAGAUACACUAUAGGGGCCCAGAACCUCUGCUAACCUUAGGUUCCAUCACUGUGGAAGUUGAGUUUCACCAGAAGGCACUGUUUUCCUCCAUUACUACCAGCGGAGCCAACUAAGCCACAGCUGCUGGCCUCAGCUAGUGUGAUGGUCAAUCCACACUGCUCUCACUGGCCUCUGUUCCCCUAUUCCUGGCCUUUGACAGCAGGGCAUGAUGUCCUGCCUAUACUGAGAUGCUGAUCUCUGCCAAUUCAUCUUCAUAUAGGCAUUACAGUUUUAAGGUCCCUUGAAGAGGGAGGAGGCAAAUGUCUCUGACUUCUAUGUAAUACACUCGGCUG